UACUACGUCCCCCGCAAUUCUCGUGGAUCUCUCCCCGUAUACACCGAUAUUCGCAACGGCGGCUCUCGCUUUUUGAUCUCUGUCCGAAACGUACAAGGCAAUGUCGAUGCCCUUGUCCAUGACCUUACCCAGUCCCUCUUCCCUCAAGGCUCGCCUGAGGCAGAGCGCAUCAAGGUCUACGCCCUCCGAUCAAAGCACGUCGUCCUCUCGGGCGGCCGUUGGAAACACGACAUCGUAGAAUGGCUCAAGGGAAAGGGCUUCUGA